AAGCGAGUGGAAACUCCAAAAAACAGUCUGCGCAUGCCCCCAGCAUUAAGGACUUUGAUUUAUUUAAAGUUUUGCUACCGCAGCCUAUAAAAAUGACCGACAACCGAUUGCAGCCCACUUCUCAUUCGAAAUGAUACACACAAAGUGAUGGAUGCACUGUUUUAAUGUAGCCUAUAUCGUUCUGUCAAAUUAACAAUGAUGUUACAAUGUAACGAAAAACGCGAGAUUUUACCUGAAAGGAGCUUGCAACUUCAUUUACACGCUCUUAGCAAAUCUAUGUCAUGUUGUGCGGUGGAAAGGCUGUGCGUGUACUUGUUGAGCUCCCGGACCAUCACAGAGUAUGAGAGCCAGGUGAUCUGGUCCCAGAGAACAGACAUGGAGAAGGCUGCCAAACUGCUGCAGAUGAUCCUGAAGAAGGGUCGCGAUGCGUGUCUGCUCUUUUUCGACUCACUAGAAAAGUGUUGCCAGUGCCCACCACAGUUCGAAAGAGUCACCGGCCUCCCAGAGAGGAGGACCAACACUGCCCCAACUUACGUCAUCAACAUCAGCCAUUCCAAUUUGAGUAACUGCAUCAUUGGAGAUGGUAACUUUCAAGGUGUGACAACGUGUAUACAACAACCUCAGAGCAUGGGUUCAGAGGAUGCUAGGCAUGAGACAAUGGGAAGCAACACCACCAGUGACCACCAGAGAGCAGUACAGGCCUGUCCAGAUCCAGAGCUCCAGAGGAGUGUCCAGGUCUAUGGGUCCCAACUGCAAUAUGUCAUCAUCGGGGACAACAACAACCUGCAGGCUGAAGACACACCGGAAGAGGAAGAAGGGGAAGAAGAAGAACUCAUUAAUAAAAGUAACUGAUUGAAUUUGUGUAGUGCUUUUCCAGAUGCUCAAAGUGGUUUACAUUGUGUUGGGGAAACUCCCCUCAUACACCACCAACUAGUUUCCAUUUAAGUCAUUUAGCAGACUCUUUUAUCCAGAAUGACUUACAGGAGCAAUUAGUGUUAAGUGCCUUGAUGAAGGGCACAUCGGCAGAUUUUUCACCUAGUCGUCUCAGAGAUUCAAACCAGUGACCUUUCAGUUACUGGCCCAAUGUUCUUAACUGCUAGGCUACCUGCCUCUGAAGCCAAACGUUACAUGUUCGAAUCAGGUGAUAGAAAGUUGUUUUUUGUUUUAAGCCUAUGCCAAACCUUAACACUUACCUUAACCAUUCAGAGUUAAUGCCUAACCUUAAGAUUUCAGAGUUAAAGCCUACACUUAACUCUAAACUUAAAAGUUUGGAGGUAAUGCCUAAACUUAACCCUAACCUUAAAAAUGUGGAGUUAGGGGGCCUCCCGGGUGGCGCAGUGGUCUAGAGCCUACACUUAACUCUAACCUUAAAAGUUUGGAGGUAAUGCCUAAACUUAACCCUAACCUUAAAAAUGUGGAGUUAGGGGGCCUCCCGAGUUAGGGGGCCGCUCUAGACCACUGGCGCAGUGGUCUAGAGCACUGCAUCGCAGUGCUACCUGCGCCACCAGAGUCUCUAGGUUCGCCCCCAGGCUCUGUCGCAGCCGGCCGCGACCGGGAGGUCCGUGGGGCGACGCGCAAUUGGCCUAGCGUCGUCCGGGUAAGGGAGGGUUUGGCCGGUAGGGAUUUCCUUGUCUCAUCGCGCUCCAGCGACUCCUGUGGCGGGCUGGGCGCAGUGCGUGCUAGCCAAGGGGGCCAGGUGCACGGUGUUUCCUCCGACACAUUGGUGCGGCUGGCUUCCGGGUUGGAGGCGCGCUGUGUUAAAGAAGCAGUGCGGCUUGGUUGGGUUGUGCUUCGGAGGACGCAUGACUUUCGACCUUCGUCUCUCCCGAGCCCGUACGGGAGUUGUAGCGAUGAGACAAGAUAGUAAUUACUAGCGAUUGGAUACCACGAAAAUUGGGGAGAAAAGGGGAUAAAAAUAAUAAUAAUUAAAAUGUGGAGUUAAUGCCUAAACUUUAAUGCCUAAACUAGUUGUGUGGCACUGCAUCAGUCUCCAUACAUAUAUGGCUCUUCUAUCCUAGAUGCCAUCUCCUGCUGUUGUGCUCUUGAGCAAGCUACUGCACCACGGUCGACCGUGGCUCUCAAUCCCCAUAAGUGAUAUGGGGACAAAAUGUAUGGCCAUUGGCUACAUUGUGUUCCUUGCUGUGUCGAUGAACUUGAUUUCUGGGGAAUGUAUAUGUAUUGUAAAUUGCAGUGUAUUGUUUGAAUAUUAUAACUUAACCCACAUAAUCAGAGAAUGAACCAUAUUUUUGGUCCGUAGACUUAUGGAAUAAGUAUUGAAUCAUACGGUACCUACAUUACGUUCUGUGAACCCAAUGUAUAAUGACCGCACUGACCACUGCUACUGAUAAAGUGCAUUUUAUUUAUUUUAAGUAUUUACUGCUGUAACAAAUGAAAAGGUGCUGUUUUACUUUGAAUGUAUUCUUAAUGUAUUCAUUUGAAUGAAUGUGUUAGGGCAUACUGACUUAUCUUUACUGAAAAUGAUACUGUACAUAUUCACUGUUCUACUAAGUUAUCAACAUUUGUUGAAAAAGGUUAUUUCUAUAGAAAGAAAAAGUUUAUUAUAAGGUACAGAAAUUGUUAUUGUUUUAUCUGUCAAUGAACAAUAUUUUUUCUCAAUAAUUUUGUUUGUCAAUAUAAUAUUUUGCUUGAAAAGCUGGCAUGUCACCUCAUGAAAUAUCCAUACAACAUUAUAAAGGUAUUGCAUUACA